ACUUUCUUUUAGAUUAAUAAAUUUCUAAGGAAUGUUUUAAUGAAUUUUUCGUACUUAAAUAUUGUUAAACUUAUCAACUUUGGUUACAAUGAGUUAUCAUGCCAUCAAUAUAUAAAAAGCCACGAAAAUUUUCAACUAAAAUUGGUUAUAAAAGUUAGCUGAUGUAUUCAUGCCAUCAAUUUAUAAUAAGUUACGAAAAUUUUCGACAAAAUUUGACCUCAAAGAGUUAGCUGAUAUGUGCAUGUCAACAAUAUAUAAAAUCUACGAAAAUUUUUACAAAAUUGAAAGCUAUAAAUUUUUUAAAUAUCAGAAUAAAUUACAAACUCUAAAAAAUGGUAGCGAUCAAAUUAAUUUUUGUUUUCUUUAUUUUAACUACUACUACGUUGGUUACUGCCUUUAACCCAAAACUUAUGCUUAAAUUGGUCAACGAUGAACGUAAAAAAGUUGGAGUUUCUCCACUUUAUUUAAACAAUAAAUUGAUGUCGGCAGCUCAAAAGCAUACUGACUACAUGGUUAAAACUAAUAAAUUUACCCACGAUGAUCCUCGUGGUUCAAUAGGAGUACGUGUUAAAGCAGAAGGUUAUAGCCAUAUUAGUGUCGGAGAAAAUAUCGCUGAAGGAUUAGGUACGAAUGAAGAAGCACGUGUCAUGCAAAUAUUUAUGGGAUCUAACUUACAUCGAGAAAAUAUUCUUAAUAAGAACUUCAUUGACUUUGGAGUUGGAUUUGGCGGUGGAAAAUAUUGGACUCAAGUUUUCGCUAGACCGGCUAGUAGAAACAACAAACGUUUAAUUCGUAAAAGAUUAGUUCAAGAAUAAAAUAAUAUAAAUAAUGAUCAAACUGACUUUAAAAAGACUUUUAGUGACACUUAGUACCCUAGUCAUGUCGAAAAAAUGACUGUCAUAGACUUUAUUUUUGUUUAAUUGCUUAAAAAUGCAGAAAUUUAUUUAUUUAUCAAUGCAGAAACUUCUUUUAUGUAUAUAUUUAUUAAGAUAUUUUACAGAUAUAAUUUUUUCGGUUAUCUUGUAUAUUUUUUAUCAAUAUUCUACUAU